AUGACCCACUCGUCUAGAAAAGGAUCUAUUGUUGGUGCUCAGAGAUCACGUUCGGCGUCCUUGGUGGUGCCCACAAUCAUAACUCAAGAGGCUGACCAUUCAGCAAAACGUACACAUUCACUGUCUAUUUCAUCGGUUACUCUGACCGAUUCAACCCAUUCAGGCGUGAUCAACGAUUUGGUUCUGCAGGACUAUUCAUCCUCAAACUCGUCAAGAGGCAAAAUAAGACUUAUGGAUGACGUUGAUUUGGAAAAGCAAAUCAUUCUUACCGCAGGCGGUAAAAGAGAGUACGUUUGUGGAUUUAUAUUAAAGUUGUUAUUCUUAACAUUUGUUGUACUGGGAUGUGGGGUUCUCAUAUUCUAUGCAUUAUAA